AUGUCUGUAGAGCAGUAUGCAGCAAAAUUUACUGAGCUCUCAAGAUAUACGCCGCAUAUAAUUGACACAGAGGCGCUAAAAGCUAGCAAAUUUGAGAGGGGCCUUCGGCCUAAUAUAAAGGGGAGGAUAAUUUCAGCCAACCUCAAGACCUUCUCCCCACUGGUGGAUCUUGCCCUAAAGAUAGAAAGGGAUUACGAAGACUUUCGAGUAAGGAGAGAAGGGAGAUUGGGUGUCGCACUGCCUGAGAAUUUUAAGAGGAAAGCCCGACGUCCUCUAAGGAGAGAAUUGAAGGGGAGGAAUGAUCAGGGUGGUGUCAGAAUCCAGAGGGCUUUCCUAAGUGAUGUAAGGGGAAAUCGGUGUCCAAUCUGCUCUCACUGUGGUCUGAGUAAUCAUACGGCAGCCGAGUGCUUCAGAAAGACCAGGGCCUACUUUCAGUGUGGCAAACCAGGCCAUCUAGUGAAGGACUGUCCAAUCAAAGGACCAGAGGACCGACCAAGGACUCAAGGUCGGGUGUUCGCCCUGACAGAACAAGAGGCUAAGGCAUUGACCUCCGUUAUCCGAGGUACGCUUUCUAUUUGUGGAAUUGAAGCAAGAAUUUUAAUUAAUCCUGGAUCUUUCCACUCUUUUGUUGCACCACAUUUUGCAUGCCACAUGAAUGUUAAAUCUGAGCAGCUUGAUUGGACUUUGGUUCUAUGCACACCCAUGGGGGGAUAUUUAGAGAUUGAUAUUAUAUUUAAACAUUGUGGGGUUGUGCUUAAGGGGCAUGUUCUACCUAUAGACUUGAUACUGGUAGACAUUCAGGAUUUUGACAUUAUCUUGGGUAUGGACUGGUUGUCCACCUACUAUGCCACAAUAAACUACCAUGACAAGACUGUAACUUUUAGACGCUCGAACUGA